ACGCAGUCAGUCAGCCCGUCUGUAGCUGCUGCUGGCUGCUGCAGGCGUGCUAUUUGCGGCAGCGGAGAUACCCCCCCUGCGAAAUGCCGUUUGCGUGCCCCGCCGUCUUUCCGUCGGGUUUUGUUUUUGCCUUCCGCCGGGGUCCUUUCGCCGUGUUCGUAGCCAUGCUCUGCGGUGGAUUCAGCGGGCUGUCCUAGCUGCCUGAGCCGCUCCAGCAGCGGUGGGUCCGGUGCAGUGCACAGCCGGGGAUGAGGCCUAGUUGUUAAAGCUCCCCACCACCCCUCCAUCGCGAUGGCUGAUGAUCAACAACAACCUGGUCAGAAGCCUGCCUCGGGAUUAGGCUCUCUUCCAGCGCUGGUGCCAGGACUCCAGGGGCCCGAGGCGAACGCGUUACAGUUCAAAAUAAAGAAUUCCAUUUGCAAAUCUGUACAAUCAAAAGUGGACAGCAUAUUGCAAGAUGUUGAGAAGUUUACAGACAUCGAAAAACUCUACCUCUACCUUAAGUUGCCUUCUGGUCCCAGCAGUGGCAAUGAUAAAAGGACUGAGAAUGAGAGGGGGUCCUCCACUCCUGGAUUAUGUGAUCAGAGUUCCAUGUCGUCAAGCCGUACUCAACAGAUGUAUGCAUUCAACUGGAUACGCAAUCACCUAGAAGAGCACCCAGAGACGUCCCUCCCAAAGCAAGAGGUGUAUGAUGAAUACAAGAGCUAUUGUGACAAUCUCGGCUACAAUCCACUGAGUGCUGCAGACUUUGGGAAGAUCAUGAAGAAUGUCUUUCCGAACAUGAAGGCACGCCGGCUGGGCAUGAGAGGCAAAUCCAAAUACUGUUAUAGUGGAUUGAGGAAGAAAGCUUUCGUUCACAUGCCAUCCUUACCCAACCUGGAUCUGCAGAAAUCCGGCGAUGGGUGUGAGCUGAUGGAGCCGACGGGCCAGUCUCCCAGCGCCGAGGACGAGAUGAGGUCUGCUGCGUGUGGACUGGUGUGCGAGUGGGCUCAGAAGGUUCUGAGUCGCCAGUUCGACAACGUGGAGGACCUGGCUCGCUUCCUCCUCAAUAGCCACUACAUCGGUACGAAGUCCAUGGCUGCUCUCACUGUUAUGACCGGAACGCCCACAGGAAUGAAAACGCCAACCCCGGCCUCAGCGUUCGUGCCCACAGCUGAGGCAAACUCAUUCCAGCCCCAGGUGAAGACCCUGCCCUCGCCCUCUGUUGACGCAAAGCAGCAACUGCAACGCAAGAUCCAGAAGAAGCAGCAGGAGCAGAAGCUCCACUCGCCCCUGCCCAGUGAGACCCAGGUCAAGCGAACAGAGGCCAGCACCCCUGGGCCCACCAUCCCCUGUGGUAGCCCCGCUCUGCUCUCCCCUCAGCCCACCAUAGGCAUAGUAGUAGCAGCUGUUCCCAGCCCAGUCACGGUACAGAGAAGCAGACAGUUGAUGACUUCGCCGAGUCCCGUAGGGACAACAGAAGGGAAAGUGUUGCCUGUGAACUUCCAAGUGGUCACUCAGUCUCUUAAGCAGUCCCCCAAAACUCCCCAGAACAUCUCAGCUAGUCCCGUAGGUGACCGGCUGGCACGGCACGGUACACGGUACGCCCAAAUCCUGCCCAAGCCCUCUGCCACUAGUGCCAUCACGCUGCGCUCACCGCCGACCCUGCUCAUCACCAACAGCCCUAUAAAAACUGUGAUGCCCACUCCUCACGUCAGCUCGGUCAACGUGGUGAAGAUGACGGCCAUCGCUCUGGCUCCGAGCAGCACCAGUAACAGCAGCAGCACAACUGUGCGACCGGCUUCGGCCGGCGUGACGACCAUAGCUGCCUCGGACGAUUCCCAGCAGUCGCACGGCGCCAGUUUAGUCGCGCCUCCGUCUCCUGCAGUCAGAGCCUGUGCCCCAGCUUCAACUCCAACCUCAUCCGCUGACACCAAAGCGGUGUCCGAAGCUGGAAGUGACUCGUCCGGCACGGAGAAAACUGCUGUCGGAGCCAAAGAGGAGAGGGUGGCAAAGUUCAGGGCUGCCAGUGAGCCAAGCUUCCUGGUAAAAUGCUCACCAGUACCUGACAAAGGGUUAAGGAUAAAGAAUGACCCCACCUCCCCCCACCCUUCUGUAGCUGGGAACCAGGACAGCAAUAACAGUAACUGCCAUGACAGUACUUUGUACUUGACUGUUGAUAAUCAGAACUCCAACGGCAGCAUGUCAUCGAAUGGCUCGUCUGCUGUUACCCCGACGUCGAAAGAUCCCUGCAUUGAUGCCAAGAGCCCCAGGAAACGCACUGGUGGGGAGUCUCACGUGAUCCCUGUGAAAAGGGUGUUUAUCUCCCAGCAGCCACUGGCUGUAAUUGACAAUCCCAAACCUGGAGUCAGUGCUGCAGUGAAAAGGAUCCCCCGCCCAGGAACCCCUGCCAGACCAGAGAGUGCCCCCUGCAAAGUGACUGUGAAACACACCUCGAUGGCACCCACGCAGAUCCUUGCGCUCUCCGAUGCACCCAUCACACACACCGAGGGCACCCAGACUGUUGUCAAACCCCAGGACUUGGUGUUGAAACACGAAGACCAUUCUCUCAGCCCUGACACCAGCACAGGGGCAGCUGGAAACACCCCGAGCGAUCAGGCGUUGCUGCAGCAGAUCACCGGAGACCCCCGUGCCAUACCAGCCAACUCAGGACCACACGAAGCCUCUGUGAUGAGUGACUUAAAGAGCACAAUAUGGGAGGAGGGACAGCUCGAUGAGCUUCGGAAGCAGGCGUUUGUCCAGCAGAUACCAGCAGAACACAAACAAGCCCCUCCUGACCAGCUCACCAUAACCAUAGGUCAAAGCUCUGAGGCCUCGGGCCAGCUCACCCUCACACAGGAGAUGGUUGAUUUUGCAGGUUCUCAGCCAAACAUGGACUAUUUUCCCUUCAACGAUGACGACAUGACCCAGGACAGCAUCGUGGAGGAGCUGGUGCAAAUGGAGGAGCAAAUGAAGCUGAAGGGUCUGUUUGGUAACUGUGUGGACGUGUCCAUUCAAGGUCAGUCGGCGGGCGGCCAAGGCUCCAUCCUGAAUGCUCACCAGGCCAGUACGACCUUCUACCACUCUGCUCACAGCAGCACCACUCCUGUCCAAACUCCUACGCCAACACCGACACCGACUCCGACACCCACCCCCACCUCUGAAAUGACUCUGACGCAUAACCUGACGAGGGAAAGUCCCUGUUCCCGCAUGGCCCCCAUCACCCCUGUGGACGGAGCCAUGGGUCGCCACACCCCCAUCAGCACACCGCUCUCCAACUGCAGCAGCAGCGUCCCUCCAAGUCCAGUGGAGUGCAGGAACCCUUUCGCUUUCACUCCCAUCAAUUCGAGCAUUACAGGCUAUCACGACGCUAGCAUCGUCUCCAGCAGCCCCGUGAAGCCCAUGCAGAGGCCCAUGGCGACGCACCCCGACAAGGCCAAACUGGAGUGGAUCAACAACCGCUACAACAACAACUCUACGGGCCCUUUAUCCAACCACAGCAUUGGCAUUCUGCCGAGCUACCAAGACCUGGUAGACGAUCAGUUUAGAAAGCCACACGCGUUUGCCAUUCCUGGCCAGUCAUUUCAGGCUCAGUCAAGGCCAGAUGCAGCUCACUUUGGCCGUGUCACCCCCAUUUCCCCGGUACAGCACCAGCCGCCGCAACAACAACAACAACAACAGCAGCAGCAGCAACAGCAGCAGCAACUGGCGACGGGUGUGACUACUCCUACCAAACAGGAGAGCUUUGCAGUGCCUGCUCCUUUAGACAACAAGGCUUCAACCUCAAACACAUCCAGUACUUUCCGUUGUCGUAGUGUUAGCCCCGCAGUGCGCCAGAGGAACUUCAGCGGCAACACCGGCCCUCCGACCACCACCACAAGCACCACCACCACCACCCGAGCCGUGGUCUCGCCCUUUAACUCCCCGAUCACCUCCGAGGUGCUGAGCAUCCUCUCCAACAGCCAGUCCGUCACGGCUGUCCACAGCAUGGUGCAGCGCAGCCAGUCUGUCCCCCUGAACAUCAUGAUGCAGAGCGAGAUGCUGCCUGUGCAGGGCCCCAGCAACACCGCCAAAAUCACCAACGUGCUCCUCAGCAAGAUGGAAGCCGACGGGGACGAUUCGGUCCGCGGUCUCGGCAUAAACAACCUCCCCUCCAACUACACGGCCCGUAUGAACCUCACGCAGAUCCUGGAGACCACUCCAGGCUUUGCCGGGGGGUCCGCUCACCAGACUCCGCUGCCCGUGAGCUCUAGCCCCGCUGCCUUUGAGCUCCAGCAGCACGGCUACCUCGCCACCGGCAGCGAAGAACAAGGGAGCUUCUCUACCGCGGACAGCCAAGCACAAGCAGGCCCUGGCGAGCAAGACCAGCAGCAGCAGCUGCAGGAGAGCCCUGUGCAGACACAACCGCAGCUCCUCCUCCAGAGCACACAGCAGCAGGAGGCGGAGGACGAGCAGCAGCAGCUGGACUUCAACAACACCGUCAAGGACUUGUUGGGGGACGACGGCCUCAACCCCAGCUCCCAGUUGGUGGGUCAGGUAGCUUCGGAGCUGAACGCCGUGGCGUCCGACUUCUCGAACGACAUCCGAUUAACCUCAGACCUAUCCAGUAGCAUCACUGACCUUAACACAUUGGACACCAACCUGCUGUUUGAUCCAAAUCAGCAGCAGGAACAAUAUGAAGACUCAACACUGGAAGAGCUGAAGAACGACCCGCUUUUUCAGCAGAUAUGCAGUGAUACUGUGAACUCUGGUUUCGACUGGCUAGAAAGCAAAGACCAGCCUACUACAGUGGAGAUGCUGGGCUGAUGUUAACUUUUAUUCUGUAAGACUUCUGUUCUCUGUUGUUUGGUUUGGUGCAUAUGUAGUAUAUCCGUUUUUAAACUAGAGUUCGUUGGGAUUUGUCUGGACUUUGCCACUUGUUUUUGUUAAAAGUGCCAGACUUACCAGGAA